AUUUUUAUCUACUGCAUCUGCCUGUGGCGCAGAAAGUCACAAACCAGCCGCUAGCCGGACCCGGGGAUUUCUGUGGUCUUCACUCCUUUUCAAGAGUCUCCAGUCCGAAGCGAAGACACAAGCUUUCACAAAGAGACGCGGUAACCAGGCAACCAAGGUUCCCAAGGCCGGCACCCCGCAGUCCGCAGGAUUCCGCUUUAGAAGUGCCGGUGCAUCCUGGGAGUUUUCUAAGUUCCCCUUCUCCAUGAGGGCCGCCAAGACUACAAGUCCCAGCAGCGCUCGCGGGCCGCGGCGAGGCACGCUGGGAGACCGGCAGUACCCGGCGUGAGGGUCGGGCAGCGACUCGGGCAAAAAGAGACUAGGGACGCCUUGUAGACACUGGCGACGUCAGGGAAUCGUACAAAACAUGCAACCGAGAGCGCCCGAUUCCCCUGCAGAGGUCGGAGGUCUUACGGAACACUGCGGGGGCCACGCGGCCACGCGCCGUGACGCCACAACCCGCGCGAGAGGGUAGGCACUGCGAGACGCCCCUGCACGUGAUCCCAGCGGCCUUCGGUGAUUGGCCGCUUCGGGGGCGCGGCGCUUGGGCGCGGACGUCGCGGAUUGGUGCUCUGGGACCGCGGGGUGGGACUCUAGCCGCUGCCGCGGGAGGUCCGGACACGGGCGGCCAUGGGACUGCCGGUGAUAGAUGACACAUACACUAGCUGGGUUUCUGUGAGGACUAAUGUCUGAACCAUCUCAGCAUGGCCUAUCGAGGAAGAGAUGGGCAUGACCAGCCUCCCUCAACUCCGCUCUCCCACGAUAAUCCUGAAAUUGUUCCCAAACACGGGGCCCAUAACAUAUGCAUGGUAUCGGACUUUUUCUACCCGAAUAUGGGAGGCGUGGAAAGCCACAUUUACCAGCUUUCUCAGUGUCUGAUUGAAAGAGGGCACAAGGUCAUAAUUGCCACCCAUGCCUAUGGCGAUCGCAAAGGCAUCCGUUACCUCACUAAAGGCCUCAAAGUUUAUUACUUGCCUCUGAAAGUCAUGUACAACCAGUCAACAGCCACCACCCUCUUUCACAGUCUGCCAUUGCUCAGGUACAUAUUCGUUCGGGAGAGAAUCACGAUAAUCCAUUCACAUAGUUCUUUUUCUGCCAUGGCCCAUGACGCCCUCUUCCACGCCAAGACCAUGGGGCUUCAUACAGUCUUCACGGACCAUUCCCUUUUUGGAUUUGCUGAUGUCAGCUCGGUGCUUACAAACAAGCUUCUAACUGUGUCUCUCUGUGACACAAACCACAUCAUUUGUGUCUCUUACACUAGUAAGGAAAACACUGUGCUCAGGGCAGCACUGAAUCCUGAAAUAGUGUCCGUCAUCCCCAAUGCUGUAGAUCCUACUGACUUCACUCCAGACCCAGUUAGAAGGCAAGAUAGUAUAACUAUUGUUGUUGUCAGCAGACUUGUUUACAGAAAAGGUAAUGAAAUGAUAGCUGCAGUUACACUGCACAGACUUUUUUUUUUUUCUUUGUAGAAAGCUGUUGAAUAUUUGUUUAUAAUGAUUGUUUGGCUUCUCAUUUUGUUUUAUGGUUUUAUAGCAACUUUUGCAUCCAAGAAAGGACUAAUAUUGUUUUAGACAUCCAGAAAGUAUAUCUUAGGGGGCCGGGCGGUGGCACACACAUGCGCAAAGACCUGGGUUUGAGCCACCCAGCCCCCUGCUCCCUACCUGCAGGAGGGCACCUCAUGAGUGGUGAAGCAGGUCUGCAGGUGUCUUUCUCCUCCUCUAUCGCUUCUCCCCUCUGACUUUCUCUCUGUGCUAUCCAAUAGGAAACAAGCAAACAAACAAACAAACAAAGGCUGAGGGGAGUGGUGGAUUUGUAGUGCGGGCACCAAGCCCCAGCAAUAACCAUGGUGGCGAUAAAAACAUUUUUUUGUAAGUUAACAUUUUUAAAACAAUGGUAAUUACUGACCCUCCCCCAACUGUUGAUGUUUUAAUAACUACUUAGAAAUUAAAACAGCAACUUGAUGCUGUAUAACAGAUCAGG